AUGAAGCCCAUCUCCAUCAUCAGCUUGCUCUUUUGCUUAUACUACGUGGUAGGAUGCUAUGCUCGGUGUGAUUGUGAUGCUACAGACAAUGCUUGUAUUAGUGAAUGUGUGGUUGAAGCAAAUAGCUGUGUAACUUCAUGUGAAGGAGACGUCGAAUGCUAUGAGGGCUGCAUCGAUGAUAAAUGGCCCGAUGCUGGUUUGGCUGGUGAGCAACCCGCAUUCAAUGAUGUAUUGGAACAAGCAUCCAACAGUGGGGUUGUCGCUACCUCCGUGGUAUCUACUGUCACUAGUGUAAAUACAGCUAGUGCAUCAGCCUCCAUAUCAGCCUCUAUCUCUGUCAAUCAAGCUCAGACUAGCCAUAUUUCAGCUGCACCUACAUUAACAUCGACAGGGCCUCUUUCACUCUUAUUUGUUUGCUUGAUGGGUUUGGUAUAUUCGCAUUUCUAA